ACUGACAUGGCGGCCGCAAUCGGCCAGCCCCAGGACGUGUCGGGCUGUCGGCUAACUUCGGUCGGUGCUGGGCGAAAGCAGCAGCUGUUUUACUAGUAUUCGUACCCACGAGGCCGCGCAGCUGACCCUUUGGGAGAGCGAACGUCGCGGCCAUGGCUUACCACUCGGGCUACGGAGCCCACGGUUCCAAACACAGGACCCGAGCAGCUCCAGAUCCCCCUCCUCUUUUUGAUGACACAAGUGGUGGUUAUUCCAGUCAGUCAGGGGCAUACCCAGCUCCAGGAGCCGACGUAGCCUUCAGUGUCAACCACUUGCUUGGGGACCCAAUGGCGAACAUGGCUAUGGCCUAUGGCAGCUCCAUUGCAUCCCAAGGGAAGGAUAUGAUGCACAAGGAGCUGCACCGUUUUGUGUCUGUGAACAAACUCAAGUAUUUUUUUGCUGUGGACACAGCCUAUGUGGCCAAGAAGCUAGGGCUGCUGGUCUUCCCCUACACACACCAGAACUGGGAAGUGCAGUACAGUCGUGAUGUGCCUCUGCCCCCGCGGCAAGACCUCAACGCCCCUGACCUCUAUAUCCCCACCAUGGCCUUCAUCACCUAUGUGCUGCUGGCUGGGAUGGCACUUGGCCUUCAGCAAAGGUUCUCCCCAGAGGUGCUGGGCCUGUGUGCGAGUACAGCACUGGUGUGGGUGGUGAUGGAGGUGCUUGCCCUGUUCCUGGGCCUCUACCUGGCUACUGUGCACAAUGACUUGAGUACCUUCCACCUGCUGGCCUACAGCGGCUACAAAUAUGUGGGAAUGAUCCUCAGUGUGCUCACAGGGCUGCUAUUUGGCAGUGAUGGCUACUACGUGGCCCUGGCCUGGACCUCAUCUGCGCUCAUGUACUUCAUUGUGCGCUCUCUGCGGACAGCAGCCCUGGGCCCUGAGACCAUGGGGGGACCAGCCCCUCGGCAGCGUGUCCAGCUUUACCUGACUCUGGGAGCUGCGGCCUUCCAGCCCCUUAUCAUAUACUGGCUGACCUUCCACCUGGUCCGGUAACCUCUGCCCCUGGCUUUUCGAUACAUUGAAUAUUUGGUUUCUUUGACUUGA